ACUCAAACGAAACUAUUUUAGUUCCAAAAUAAAAUAACUAAAAUGUCAAAACCCCCGUUCCAAAUGAAACCAUCUCCAGUGUUUUUUUAUCUGUCCUAGUAAACCAAUGAAAUAUUUAUCAUUCUUUUUUAACUCUUCCUCUGUUUUCUAUAUCCUCUGUUUCCUCAAGACAAAAAUUAAGAAUAAACCAUGUUGUUGUUGUGUUGUUGAUCAUCAUCAUAGUACAAGACAACAAUUCAAGACCAAUGCAUAAUACAAACACAAACAAUAGUCAAAAUCACAAAAAACAACAACCAUACAAAGACAUUCCUCAACCAUGGCUGCUGCUUCUUCUUCUGCAACAACAAGAUCUCACAAAAAAACACUUCCAAUCAUUCUCAUUUUUGUUGCUUUCCACUUUGUUUUCUCUUCAUUUACCCCUUUAGUACUCUCCCUCCCCAUUGAGUCAGCUUCCAGCGAUUUCUCUCCCGCCAAUCAGACUUUCCGGCCACCCAAAACUUUGAUUGAGUUGAAGAGAAUAAGAGCCUAUCUGAAAAAGAUUAACAAGCCAGGGGUCAAGACAUUUCAGAGUCCUGAUGGUGAUGUGAUUGAUUGUGUAUUAUCUCAUCUUCAACCAGCCUUUGAUCAUCCUCUGCUAAAAGGACAGAAACCACUGGAACCACCAGAGAGGCCAAAAGGGCAUGACUCCAUAGAUGAAGUGAUAGAGAGCUUUCAGCUAUGGAGAAAUUCUAGUGAAUCAUGCCCAGAAGGAACCAUUCCAAUCCGAAGGACUAGAGAAAGUGACGUUCUUCGAGCUAGUUCAAUCCAAAGAUUUGGAAAGAAAUUGCGAAGAAUCGUAAGACGUGACACGACGAGCAGCGAUCAUGAGCACGCGGUUGCUUUUGUCAAUGGAGAACAAUAUUAUGGAGCAAAAAGUAAUAUGAAUGUGUGGGCACCCCGUGUAACGGAUCAAUACGAAUUCAGUCUGUCACAAUUAUGGAUAAUCUCUGGCACUUUUGGCAAUGAUCUUAACACCAUUGAAGCUGGUUGGCAGGUUAGCCCAGAAUUGUAUGGAGACAACUACCCUAGGUUCUUCACUUAUUGGACAACUGAUGCAUACCAAGCUACUGGAUGCUACAACUUGCUUUGCUCAGGUUUUGUGCAAACCAACAACAGGAUUGCCAUUGGAGCUGCUAUCUCUCCUAGGUCAUCCUACACUGGCAGACAAUUUGAUAUUGGCAUGAUGGUUUGGAAGGAUCCAAAGCAUGGACAUUGGUGGCUUGAAUUCGGGUCGGGCCUCCUAGUCGGGUACUGGCCAUCAUUCUUGUUCACCCAUUUGAGAACCCAUGCAACUAUGAUUCAAUUUGGAGGUGAAAUAGUGAACACAAGAGCAUUAGGAUAUCACACAUCCACUCAAAUGGGCAGUGGCCAUUUCGCCAACGAAGGGUUUGGAAAAGCAUCUUAUUUUCGAAAUUUACAGGUUGUCGAUUGGGAUAACAACCUCCUCCCUCUCACCAACCUCCAUCUCCUUGCUGAUCACCCAAACUGUUACAAUAUCAGAGCAGGUAGAAACAAUGUUUGGGGAAAUUACUUCUACUAUGGAGGUCCCGGAAGGAAUGGAAGGUGUCCUUGAGAAAAUCGGAACAAGGGAACUUUAUCACUUACCCCACCUCAAGGAAAUGAGACUCACCACAUAUGUAAAUUGGGGAAAUAUAUAUAAAUUUUAUAUGUAGAUACCCCGCUCGGGCAGUGUUUUUUUAAUUUUAUUUAUUUUUAUUUUAUUGUUUUCUUUGUUUUUCAUUGUUUUGAUUGUAAAAUGGGAGUAAAAAUUGAGCUAGGGUUUGCAUGCUACUCAAAUGACCAAAGCACCCCAAUCCAAAUGUUACUUCACGAUAAUUCAUAUCUGUAUUACAAAUAUUGACUAAAGGUGUGGAAAUGACUGCCAAGUCAUCACAAAUUAUGUAA